AGUCGGGGUCGGAGCGCCGCCGGAGCAGCAGGAGGAGGAGGAAAGACGCCUGUUCGCCGAGCGCCGCCGGGACAUGCUCGCAGCCUGACUGACCGCAGGUGGCCGCCGCGCCCGGGACACGAAUGAAGAAGCAGCUGCUCCUCCUGUUCACGCACCGGGGACUCGUCAGCCGAGGGGGCCGCAGGGGGAAACGCCGUCGAAAAUGGCUUCGUUCAGUAUCCGCGCCGCGCGGCCCGAGGACUGCCCCGACCUGCUGCGACUGAUCAAGGAACUAGCCAAGUACGAGGACAUGGAGGAUCAAGUGGUGCUAACUGAGAAAGAGCUGCUUGAGGAUGGCUUCGGUGAGCACCCUUUCUACCACUGUCUGGUUGCUGAAUUGCCGAAAGAGCAGUGGUCAUCCGAAGAACACAGCAUUGUGGGCUUUGCCAUGUACUAUUUCACCUAUGAUCCGUGGAUUGGGAAACUGCUGUACCUUGAAGAUUUUUAUGUGAUGGCUGAGUACAGAGGACUUGGCAUUGGGUCAGAAAUUCUGAAGAACUUGAGUCAGGUUGCUGUCAAGUGCCGCUGCAGCAGCAUGCACUUCCUCGUCGCAGAGUGGAACGAACCGUCCAUCAGGUUCUACAAGAGGAGGGGGGCCUCCGAUCUGUCCACGGAGGAGGGGUGGAGGCUCUUCAAAAUCGACAAGGAGUAUCUCUUGAAGAUGGCAACAGAAGAGUGAGAUGAUUCCAGCGACUAAAUUCUGUCUAUAUGUGCUCUGAAUAAACUUCUUGCUUUGUGUUAGUAGUGGAGUAAAGUAGUGUGGUUGCUAAUGCAAAUGCUAUGCAAGCGCGGUCAUAGAGUAAGUGGUACUGUGAGCUGGAGUUGAGGUAUCCGUGAAGUUGAGCGUGCUCGUAUGCAUCCUUUACCAGUGUGGGCUUGUAAUCUUUGAAAUGUAUGUAAAACUUCAUUCUUGUAAGUCAUUCAAAUGUGUACAAUGUACACACUGGUAGGGUUUGUUUUAAUUAUUUCCUUUUAUAAAAAUAAAUAGUUUUCACUUCA